AUGUAUCGUGCGCUGUCUGUUCCGAAGGGGGUAGGGACGUCUGUCGCGCGGGGCGCUGUUAGGGUAGUCCGUCGGCGGCUGGCCACGGAAACUCCAGCAGCAGCGCCCAAGAAGAGGAAGAACGUCUUCCGCCGGAUAGUGUUUUUCACUGCGGCUGGUACGGCGACUUUCUACGCGGGCGGCGCGUUCAUCGCGGUUAAAUUCCCGCCUUACGGUGACAUCUUCGUGCAAAACGUCCCCGGAGCUGCCACCGCUGUCCAGUAUGCAGAAGACCAUAACUGGGACACUCUAACAGUGCAGAAGACUCUCGAUUUUGGGCUGAACGCGUUUGAUUACGCUCGGGGCCUCGUCACAGGUGAACGCCAUGGUGAGAGGACACCCACGGCUCUGGAGAAGACACGGGAAGCAAUGGAGAUGACGAAGGAUGUCGCCGUCAAGACAAAAGAGGCUGCCAUUCGCGUUGCACAGGUCUCCAAGUCCUCAGCGACUGACUUGAUCCAGGAGUCGAAGGACAGAAUUAAAUCGGUCACGAGCGGACUGAAGACUUCGGUGGAGAGGAACGAGGCUGAGAUCUCCAAGAAGAGCGCGAAGGCGGCAGCCAUUGCGCGUAGUCAGUCCGCGGAGUUCUCAGAAGGUGUAGAGGACCUAGUGCAACGCGCAGAAGCUGCGCUUGCUGACAAGCCCGCUGAUACGGUCCCUCCAGAGGUUAUUACUACUCCCACUGAGCCCACUGUGGUUCCUGAAACUGUCCCCGCUCCCGCCAACGGACCAGAGGAAGUUACAGUACGCAACGUCUAUAAUAUCCCUCUACCCAUUGGUUUCGAGCCACCACCCGGCUACUCGCGUCCUACACCUUCGAAACCCACCCCUGUAGCGUCUGAAUUCGUACCGGCGGAGCAGUCGGUACUUGAACCAUUGCCCCUUGUCGCUCCCGUUGUUGCCGAAUUCAGCGCGUCGGAACCAUUUAUCGCGCAGCUUGCCACCGUUAUCGACGACCUCGCGUCAUACCUUAAUGCCAACCCUACCGCGGCGGACAAGGCCCGGGAUAUCCUUGACACAGCAAAGGUGGACCUGACGGGUCUUGCGAGCCGUAUUGAGCAAGUGAAAGAACAAGAGCGCGCUAAGCUCGAAGCGACAUUGGACGAGCAGACUCGCGACUACACAAUCAAGCUGCUGCAGCUGGAGAUGGAGGCUCAGGAUAAGCUGGACAACCAGGAGAAUGACUUUAGGAAGUACUUCGAAGAGGAGAAGGCUAAGUUCGUUCAUGCAUACCGGGAGAAGCUCAACCAUGAGCUUCAAACACAGAGCGAGAUCAUCAAUGAACGCCUCAAAGAGGAAGUCAUCGCUCAGGGCAUCGAGAUGCAGCGUCGGUGGAUCCGCGAGAUCAAGGUGCGCGUCGAACAGGAGCGCGGUGGCCGCUUAGCCAAGCUCGACGAGCUCGCGAGCAACUUGAAGCGCCUUGAGCGCAUCGCGGUCGACAACUCUGCGUACCUCGACGAGAACAUCCGGAUACACGCGCUCUGGUCUGCCCUGCGUGCGUUGAACAGCAGCGUCGACGCUCCCGUGCGGAAGCCCUUCCGCGAGGAGCUGCGCGUCCUCCGCCAUAUCGCCGCGGCGCGCGAGGACCCCAUCGUCUCGUCAGUGCUGGAAAUGUUGGAGGCCUCGGACGUUCCGGACGUCGGCGUGGAGCCCUUCGCCGACCUCGCAUCGUGGUUCUCAACAUCUGUAUCACCGCGCGUCUCCAGCGUCGCUCUUGUGCCGGACGAGAACGCCGGUGUGCUUUCGCACCUGGCAUCGCACCUGUUUUCGACGUUCCAGUUCCCGCGUCAUGGCCUCGUACCUGGGAGCGACGUGCUCAGCGUACUUGCACGGGCUGAGUACCACAUGAACGAGAAGGACCUGGACAGUGCGGCGCGUGAGCUCAAUCAGCUCAAGGGCACAGCGAAGGUUCUGCUGACCGACUGGCUCGAUGCUGCUCGCAAGAGGCUAGAGGUCCUGCAGGCAUUGGAGGUUGUUCAGGCGCAGGCGACGCUUGCUUCGCUCCUGGUUGCCCAUGAAUAA